CUCACUCACUCUUCCGCCGCCUCCAUCAUUUGCAGAUUCGCUGCUGCUGCUGCCUGCAUGCAGUGUUGUUGUUGUAGUUGUUGUAUCCCAUCACACCGCUCAUGUCGCUCUCUCGUGCUCAAAUUCCCUCCCUCCCUCCGCACCAUUUUGAACCUACCCGUUUGAAUUCCCCUCCCCUUCCAGAGAAUUGAUUUUCUUUAGCUUCGCAGCUUUCUUCCUUCACUCGUUCCCGGCCCCAAGGCUCGCAGGUUCAUCGUGUCUCUUCACUCCAGCCUCACUCGUAGCUUCAGUCUUUAGAGACAUUACAUGUAAAUUAGGGAGAGCAUGUUACCUUGAUGAUUUAGAGAAGAACUUCGAGCGGAUCUGGAGGUGGCGUGCGGCGAUGCGACGUCGUCGUACGCCUGAAAAGAAUAUGUGAUGGUAUGGACGAGAGUUGUGAACGUUUGCCCGUUGCUUUGAAUGUUGCGCGCCCGGGGUUGAAGUGUCAACGAGAUUAUGCCUUCGUAAUCAGAGUGGCGUGGCGUGUUUGGUCUGCGAAAUAGAACGUUGUAGUGCUUGGAUUUUCUUGGCAUCCUGUUGACUGCUGUGUCAAAUUUUGUUUUGAAGUUCAGGCGCGGCGCAUGGUGCUGAAUUAGAGAGACUUCUAGCGUUUGAGGAUUCUUUUAUGACCAUUUUGUGCCAUGUCAUUUAAGAAAAUGAUCAGUGAGCUUUUAGUUUCGGGGUGUACGUUUUUCUUCUAAUUCUAUGCAUCCCGACCUCCAAUCCGCAUCGAAAUAUGUGCAGCAGUGCUUUUUUGCAAGAUGAUGUAAAACUAAAGUAGUUGGCGAUCAUCAAAUCGUGUGAUGCAAUUGCAAGCAGCUUGCCCGAAUUGUAGCCGAAGGAAUUGGAAAAUGCUUAACUGCUUUCAGGAGUGACCUGAAUCAAUCUACCGUGAUUCGUACAUACUAUUUCCAGAACCAGCGUCACGAAACCAAUCUUCAAAGUGCCUCGGGUUACAGGCUUUUGGGAAGACCUUGUCUAUAUUCUUCUAAAGAAAGUCGCCUCUUGCAACCCAGCGUCGACGCAGCAGGCUUGGCCGCGGGUUGGAUUUAGUUCCUAAUUCUCUUUCAACGAUUAUUUCUCAAAACGAAGAAUUCGGGCACAAGUAUACCCGCCAAGGAUGAGUAGCUUCCCAAAUUCAGAAUGGUCCGCACAAUACGACGAGGAAGCUGCAAUUGACGCUCCAAUCCAGGAGCAUGUAAUGCAAUCCUUCAGUACAUCUUCUAGCGUUGGCUUCAGCUACAAUGAGCAGGGCAUGCUAAAUAGAGGAAGGAAAGGUUUCAGGGGCAUGCAACAGGAGAAAAAUGAAUAUCGCCAAUCUUUCUAUCACUUGCAACAUCGGUAUACAAAGAUGAUCACCUUACCUGUAGUCGUCAUCGCUAUUAGUGUGAUCGGAUUGUUUUUUGCACUAAUUUCAUUCCGCGGAUUUUUCCAUCCAACGAUGAAGGCAGCAGGGGCUCAGUCAGGGCAUCGAGGUAGAAUAUUUAAAGAUCUUGCAGUUGCGGCAGUUGACCGUAACAGUCUUGGCGAUAAAAAUCAGGCACAGCGAUUCCUUGACCUUGAAUACCACACCAAUCAGACGCGAGUUGGAAGAACUGGAAGGAUAUUCAGACGAAGAGUUCUGGACUCGCUUCAGGGAAUGCUUUGGGGCACCUCCCAUCCGCCUCGAAAUUCUCAAUUGAGGAAGGCUUACUUGAGGACAAUCAGAGACACUAGAGGCAAGGAAGAGAACCUUUACUCAUCCGAGGACAUGUUGCAUGCAGAAGUGUAUCACAAUUUCACAUAUUUUAAAGAGAGAUAUGCAGAAAUGAACAAGACUUUCAAGAUCUACGUGUACAGAGAUGGAUUCAAGCCACUUGUGCAUGGAGCCAAAACAGGGGGGAUUUAUGCAACCGAGGGACUCUUCUUGAAGCGCAUGGAGGACUCUAAUAACAGAUUCACUGUUUCUGAACCAUCAAAAGCGCACAUGUUUCUGCUUCCGUACAGCGUUCGCCAGAUGGUGGAUAUUUUACAAGAUCCAUACUCGCGUAGUAUGCGGCCAUUGAAAACCUUCAUCUCAAACUACGUUGACACACUGGCAUCCAAGUAUCCUUACUGGAACAGAACACAUGGUGCUGACCAUUUUUUUGUGUCUUGUCACGACUGGGCACCACUUUCAACAAUGCUUCAUGGCGAACUUCACACAAACUCAAUGAAAGUGGUUUGCAAUGCUGAUCUCACAGUGAACUUCGAUAUAGAGAAGGAUGUUUCCAUUCCACAGACGCUAAAGGGUGGAAAUCAGUCGGACUUAGAUGUCGGUAGUCUGGGACCAGAAGAGCGAGAUUUUUUAGCAUUUUAUGCUGGCCAAAUGCACGGCACUGUGCGACCAGUGCUUCUGGAUUACUGGAAAGGCAAAGACCCUACUAUGAAGGUCUACGAGGUCCUACCUUCUGAUAUUGCCGUAAAUAUCUCAUAUGCUCAGCACAUGAAACGGAGCAGGUAUUGUUUGUGCCCUAAAGGUUUUGAGGUAAAUAGUCCCAGGAUUGUGGAGGCCAUUUUGAGUGGCUGUGUCCCUGUUAUCAUAGCUGACAACUUUGUGCUCCCUUAUAAUGAUGUGCUGGAUUGGACGAAGUUUUCCGUCACUGUACCGGAGGAGGACAUUCCUGACUUGAAAAAGAUUUUGAGCAGCAUAUCGAACGUUACUUACCGCUCGAUGCAACGACGCCUGAGGUACAUAAGAAGGCAUUUUCUUUGGCUCGAAGAUCCUGAAGACACACAGUAUGAUUCAUUUCACAUGACAUUGUAUUCUAUUUGGAGACAAAGCAUGAACUUGCGCAGGAGAAAACCAGAAAUUUUCCAGGAACGCAUGAGUUAGAUGAAAGCCGCAUACGAAGAUUAAUCACAACUCCUAGUGUGCGUAAACAGAGAUCCGUUCGCCUGAUCCUUACUCUGGGCUCGUGCCAUUUCCAGCCUCUGAAUGUUCCGUUUUAAAUGCCUCCAAUAAGCGGCUACUUGCCACUCCAAGCAAUUUCCACUUUUAAACCCCUGAGGAAUCGAGAUUUGAACCGUUGGCAGGGAUGCGAAAAGUGCACAAAAUGUGUUAACAUCGUGAACCAUGACUGAGAGCUGUUGGAUAUUGCCAUUGCAGCUUUACUUAACCAUGGGUGUACACUAGAAAUGCCCCAAUAUACGCGACACCAGUGACUUGUGCUAACAUGUACUGUAGAUUAUCCCCUGAUGUAUUUUUAGCAUGUACGUGUUCAAAACAUGUGACUACAAGUUCCCAGUGUCGAAUCUAUGAACUUAGUGUAGAUUGCUCGAUCACGUAGGAUCCGAUUAGUCUUGAUAGAGAUUCUGGAGAUUCUUCAACAUCUUCCUGUUCAGAUACACAACAUGAGAAUAGCUAGCAAAUUGCGUAGAAUGCGGAUGAAAUCAUAACGUUAGUACUAGAUGUUGGAGAAGUAAGCGCAUUGAGGUGACUUCUUGUAACUUGAACUUCAUGUGCAAUGUGUAAGCUUCGUUGAAAUGA